AAUGCCAGAUGUUAGUCCCAACCAAGGUCCCUACUCUAUUUAUCCACUUGUUCUUCUUUCCAAGUGACUGGAUCAUGGAGGCUCUAAACUGGUGCACGCUUUAUUUUUUGACAUUCGGAGAUAACUUCUACCUGCUGGAUGGCGUCUGGAAAUCACUUCCAUAAUUAUGGGAUUCUGCAUUUCUUCUCUAGAAAAUUCUGGUGGUGAAGCACGAACUGAAUAUGUCAAACAUCGUUUCAUCGUCCAGCUCACUCCUCAGUCUUCUAGCCCCGACGAGUCGAAUUACAAUUCCAACAGUGUUCAAUCACUGAGUUGCCGUGACUACAUGAUGAUGGUUUGACAUGGAAGAUUCGCAUGUUCCAGAAAGACAAGUGAACUAAUUGACCCAAUUAAAAUUGUUAUUCAACUACUCGUUGUCACAUUUAAACUGAAACCCUGACAUACUAUUGAUAGAGAAUCACGAUGAACACUGUGUGCGGUGUAGCCUUCCUGGGAAUCCUUCCAUUCCUGCUGUCGGUUGACAUCCAACCGGAGUUUGUCUUCCAGCGAACCGAGCAGACGAAGGGGUUCGACAUUUAUCGCACCAAACUUCGCAUCACCAAGUUUAACCGGACCACGGCCGUGCUGAACGGGACUGUAGAUGUUUUCGUCGACCUGGACAACGCUUUAACGGCUCAAAUCGAUUUGGCGUACAGCCGGCUGGGUAACAACCAGUUCAACAACUAUCCACUGAAGAUUGCACAGCGACCCUUCUGUCACUUCCUGAACGACACUUACAAGGAGUAUCGAGAACUUUUUUCAAAUACCUCCAAUUUCCCGAGUUUUGGCGAUGGGCUGUGUCCGUUUCCCGCUGGACAUUACUGGUUCAGAAAUUUCGUGUUUGACGCGGAGCAUGUGCCGUUCGCUGCCCCUGAGGGAUUCUGGCGGAUUACCUUCCUGAUCAAGGGACGGCAAAGUGAGGCGGAAUUUCAAAUUUUUGCUAAGUUCUCUAGGGAAUCGUAUUGGUGAGGUUUGUAAUUUGAGGAUUUCUGCGCGGAAAUAUAAGCAUCAU